AUGGGAGGUGGAGCCUUGAGUGACCGACCCAACAAGGUUCAUGUGAAGGUUCCCUGGUUCGGAUCGGCUAGGCAAAAUCUGAUCUCCGGUCAGAUCUCGGAUCCUAUCGUCGAUUCGCCGGAUCGUCCCUUAAAAUCAGCUGUUUUCGCUCUCGGAAGCUUCUGGCGAUCGGAGGCAGCGUUCGGUUGUAUCAACGGCGUCGUACGAACAAGUGCCGGUUACGCCGGAGGAAACAAGGUUAAUCCGGAGUUUAGGAAUUUAGGUGAUCACGCCGAGUCCGUACAGGUUGAAUAUGAUCCGAGGAUAAUCGGUUAUCGUCAGCUCUUAGAUGUAUUCUGGUCUAGUCAUGAUUCCAGACAAGCGUUUGGACAAGGUCCUGAUGUUGGUAAUCAAUACAGAUCCUGUAUUUUCACUAAUUCUACAGAAGAGUUGAGGUUGGCUUCUACUAGCAAAGAAAGGGAGCAACUUAAAUCAAGAAGCAGUAUCGUCACUACCCAAAUUCAACAGUUAGGAACGUUUUACCGCGCAGAGCCUGACCAUCAGAAGUUCGAGCUGAAACAACAUCCAUUCCUUCUUCAGUUAAUAGGAAACAUGGUAGAAGAAGAGCUCGAGAGAUCAGCUCUAGCCACAAAACUAAACGGUUAUGCAGCCGAGCUCUGCCCGCCCAGAAUCCAGAAACAAAUCGACUCCAGAGUAAACGAGAUCAUUAGAAAAGGUUGGCCGGUCUUGAAAGACAUCUAA